AUGGCCUGGGACCAAUCUGCAGAGGGUGUCGGGAUUAACAACACAGAGAGCUGGCUUGGUGGUCAGAAGGCUCUCUUUAUUUUUUUCCUGGGCUGGUUUUAUACCCUAGCACCAGAAGAGGGAGGGGAAGCUCAGGAAGAGGCGGUCAGUCUGAAGCCUGGAUUCGGGGCACCGUCACGGAGUCUUGGAGGGAAACAACAUUCUACUCCAGUAAACAUGUUUUGCAAUGGCAUUGUGGGGUUGUUGGGUUUCUGGGCACUUCUGCUGCUGGUGGUGUCAAACCUCCUUUUAUGGGAGAAUGUGGCCUCUGUGCCUUUGAAUAGCAGUGAUAUUAUUGAUGAUCAACUUUACCUGAAAGAACUGUUUGAUCAUGCCAUGGAAGUGUCUCAGAAUAUCAGUACGCUCAACAUUGAAAUGCGUAGGAUAUAUACCACCAGUCAGUCAUCUGCAAAAUAUUUUGAAAAAUUUCUAACUUCAUCAUCAAUGUCAUCCAACCAAUUCAUGCUUGAGUUUCUUGGAAAUCAGAAGUUACAAUCUAAAAAUCUCAUCUCCUGCCACAAUUAUUCCAUCAAGACACCAGAAAACAUGGACAAAGCCCAAGAGAUCUCUCUUGAAGACUUUCCAAAACUGAUACUCAGUAGAGUGCAGGCUUGGAAUAACAAUGUUCACAACCUCCUGACUAUACUCAGAAGUAUACCUGGAAUACCGGGUAAUGUCCUAUCAUUAGCCAAAGACAUUAAGACAAAAAUUGCAGAGCUUUCAGAGGACACCAAGAGUUUAAUGAGCAAGGUUAAUGGAACAAGAGAAAAUGGGGAUUACAACAUCUGGUCUGGUCUUGAAGAUGUUAAGUCAUCUGAUGAAAAUUCUCGCUUUAUUGCUCUUUGUAAAUUAUCAUAUUGCUUGCAUGUUGAUAUACAUACAGUUGACCUUUCUCUUUUCCUUUUGAGGUGUAUGGUGCUUGUUAAUAGUGACAUAUGUAAAUCCCCAAGAAUUACAGAUGAUUUAUGA